AGGUAACUAAACUAAUUGAUUUCAUGGCUAGCUCAGUCAGUAAAGGUGGCGGGUCUGAAGCGUUAACGUCUGCAAUCCUCUUAUUUUGUCCCUGACCAAGUAUGGAUUAGAUUCAUCCGCGGGUCACUUUCAAAGGACUUUCAUUGAACAGAGAAACAUCUAGGCCUUUUGAUAUUUUCAAGGAGAUUUGUAUCGAAUAUCGCUUUCCAUUUUAUUUAACUAUAAAAUGUAUUUGUUGUUUUUUAAAAUCGUCAACGAUUCUAGGAACCUGCGAUAUAACGAAACUAAGGUAAAUAAUUUAGCCCAAAUUGACAACACUAUCGAGAAUUUUUGUACAGCAAUAUUUAUAACAGUGAAGCUGGAAAAUGUCGCUGAACGUUAGGUGUGAAUUGUGAAGGUGCAAAAGAACACCUUUAUUGAUGACUGCAGGCAUUAAGUAGCUCUCCAGGGUGCUUAAGUGGAAUCUCUCAACGCCACUGACAAGCCUCAUCAAACUGUUGUUUGUGAGCUGAGGUCUGCUCACAUUUAUUUAUGCCCAUGGACGACUGUUGCUGGAUAACCAUCGUGAAAGUUGACCGUGUAACUCUAUGAAGGAUAUAAAUCUACUUCAUGAAAGAAACCACUGGAAGAAAAAGUUAAUACUUUGUGGAAAUGUUUUCAUGCAUCAAGAGGCCUAUAUGAAUAAUGGUGUCUCUUUGUGACGUCCAUCUCUCAUAACGGCUUCUAAAGGAGGACAAUGCGACAUAUUCACCUCCCAUUUGGAGGUGCUUUAUGGGAGUUAUCCAGUUACCCCCGCUGCCCCGUCCUCAGGAGCAGACAUAGCCUCUCAACACUUCCAUUUUACAGCAUUACACUAUGGAUCAUUCUUGGUGUGUUGACGUUCCCAUGCUGUGUCCAAUGCCUGAUUUUCAAAGUAGGAGUCCUGGGGCCUUGGAACUGUGACCCUUAUUACUCUAAAGCACUUCCUUCCAUUGCAUCCAGACUGGCCGUUGGCCGGAUAAACGAGGAUUUUAGUUUAGACCUGGGCUGUACAAUGGACUUUGUCAUCCUUCAGGAAGCUUGCGAGACAUCAAAAGCAUUGACCUCAUUUGUACAAUAUGAGAACGUAGUUGAUGCGUUUGUAGGCCCUACAAAUCCAGGAUACUGCAAUGCCGCUUCGCUCAUGGGCAAGAAUUGGGACAAGUCUAUAUUUUCAUGGGCGUGCAUUAACUAUGAGUUAGACCGGGUCCAGGGCUACCCAACAUUUGCCCGGACUUUACCAUCUCCGACGCGGGUGCUUUAUAAGGUGCUUAAGUAUUUCAGCUGGGCUAACAUAGGCAUCGUGUCUUCUAAUGAGGAUAUAUGGAUCGACACGGCUGCCAAAUUGGCUAGUGCUCUCAGAAACCAGGGCCUUCCUGUUGGCAUUGUUGCGUCCAUGGGGAAUAAUGACACUAUGUUGGAGAACACGUUGAUGAGCAUUCAAAACGCAGGGGAGAUAAAAGUCAUCAUUAUGUGCAUGCAUUCAGUGCUCAUUGGAGGAGAGCAACAAUCUUCUUUCCUGAUGAAGGCCUAUGACAUGGGAUUGACAAAUGGUCGAUAUGUGUUUAUACCGUACGACACCCUCCAGUACAGCCUACCCUACACCAACACAACCUACUUCCCACUGCAAAACAACACCAAACUGCGCAAAGCCUAUGACGCUGUACUCACCGUCACUGUGGAGUCAGAUCUGAUGUCAUUCAACGAAGCGUUCAAUAUGGCCAAACGACUUGGAGAGCUGAUAGUGUCACAAGAGCCAGAGCAGGUCUCUCCUCUCUUUGGUACAAUCUACAACAGUUUGUACCUGUUUGCCAAGUCCAUGCACAAUGCCAGAAGAGCAGGUAAGUGGUUCUCCGGGUCCAACCUGGCCUUCUUCACGAGGAACAUCACAUUUUCGGGGUUCAACCAGAACAUCCGCACAGACACCCAAGGAAACGGGCAGACCAACUACGUGAUCCUGGAUACUGAUGGCUGGGGAACUCAACUGUAUCGUUGUUUUCAAGUAGACCUGACUUCGGACAUGGUGCUGUUUGCUGGCAAGUCCAUUAAUUUCCCUGGAGGUUCACCUCCACCUUCAGACUCCAGCUGCUGGUUUGAUCCCAAUGCCAUCUGCACAGGAGGUGUGGAAUUAAUAUACGUCAUCAUAGCGUUUGUGACAGUCUUCAUUAUAGUUCUUGGUUGUAUUGGCCUAACUCUAUUCAUAAGGAGGCGAAUUCAACAAAUCCAGCUGAUCAAAGGGCCCAACAGAAUCCUGCUUACGCUUGAGGACCUGACCUUCAUCAACCCGCAGCUGAGCAAGAGGAAAAUCACCCUUGAGGAUCUUAGCGAUUCAAAAAGUUACAUUGAGGAGAAGAGCACAGGUGGCCGGUCCCGCUCUGUGAACAGCAUGGCAACGGCAACACAUGAAACUUCGAACGUGGCCGUCUAUGAGGGCGACUGGGUAUGGCUAAAAAAGUUUAAGGAAGGACAUUUCAAGGAGGUCAAACAGAGCACCACUAAUAUUUUCACCAAGAUGAGGGACCUACGGAAUGAAAAUGUCAAUCCGUUUUUGGGGUUCUUCACUGAUUGUGAGAUGUUUGCCAUCGUCACUGAACACUGUUCUCGGGGGAGUCUACAUGACCUCCUUCGAAAUGAAGAUGUCAAACUGGACUGGAUGUUUAAAUCCUCUUUAUUGCUGGAUCUCAUCAAGGGCAUGAAAUAUCUUCACCACAGGGAAUUUCCUCACGGGCACCUGAAGUCUCGUAAUUGUGUAGUUGAUGGACGUUUUGUCUUAAAGAUCACUGAUUAUGGUUACAAUGAGAUUCUUGAGUCCCAGAAAGCUCCAAAGGAGACCCCACCUCCAGAGGGUAUGGGUAUUUAUUUUUUAAAGAAAAGACUUAUUUACAAUGCAAAUCUCACUUUUAUUCCAUCCAAUUUCCUGAUAUUGAAAAAAAGACAUAAUAAGGCAAUUCUUUGUCUUUCAGAACUAUUCUGGACAGCUCCUGAAUUUCUCAGAGAUCUGGAAAGUCCACGGAAAGGAACAUGUAAAGGAGAUGUGUACAGCUUCGCGAUUAUACUUCAGGAAGUAGUCGUCAGAGGAGCGCCGUACUGUAUGCUGGGCUUGACUCCUGAAGAGAUAAUAAGGAAGGUGAAGAAACCUCCGCCUAUGUGCAGGCCCACUGUAGCUCCAGAUCAAGCUCCACUGGAAUGCAUCCAGUUAAUGAAGCAGUGCUGGUGUGAACAGCCUGAUAGAAGGCCUACUUUUGAUCAGAUCUUUGAUCAGUUCAAGCUCAUCAACAAGGGCAAAAAGACCAAUAUUAUUGACUCCAUGUUGCGUAUGCUGGAGCAGUACUCCUCUAACCUGGAGGACCUGAUCAGGGAAAGAACAGAAGAGCUGGAGGUAGAGAAACAGAGGACUGAGAAGCUUCUGGCUGAGAUGCUUCCUCCUUCUGUGGCAGAAGCUCUGAAAACCGGUGCCUCUGUGGAGCCAGAGUACUUUGACCAAGUCACUAUCUACUUCAGUGACAUUGUAGGCUUCACAACCAUCUCAUCCCUUAGUGAUCCAAUUGAGGUUGUAGAUCUGCUCAAUGACCUUUACUCCCUAUUUGAUGCUGUGCUGGGCAGCCACGAUGUCUACAAGGUUGAAACCAUUGGAGAUGCCUACAUGGUGGCCUCCGGGCUGCCGAAGAAGAACGGCAACAAGCACGCAGCCGAGAUCGCCAACAUGUCCCUGAAUAUUCUCAGCUCCGUGGGAUCCUUCAAGAUGCGGCACAUGCCAGAAGUUCCAGUCAGGAUACGGAUCGGCAUUCACUCAGGGUCGUGUGUUGCUGGAGUCGUGGGUCUAACUAUGCCUAGAUACUGCCUUUUUGGAGACACAGUCAACACCGCCUCUCGUAUGGAAUCUACAGGGUUGCCUUACAGAAUUCAUGUGAACAUUAGUACAGUGAAGAUUCUCCACUCACUGAACGAUGGCUACAAAAUAGAAGUUCGAGGAAAGACUGAGCUGAAGGGGAAAGGCAUUGAAGAGACAUACUGGCUUGUUGGAAAAUCUAAUUUUACUAAUCCUUUGCCAAAACCACCAGAGAUCAAACCAGGAGAUAACUGGCAAGACAUGGUUACGGAGGAGGUCAAGUCAAUAUUUCGCAAGGCCAACAGACAAGUGGACAAUCCCAAAAUCUGAGAAGCGCAAGGAAGGAUGUUAAAACUGACGAAGAAGGAAAGGCACAUGACAAGUCGCAUGGGAGAGACACAAAGGACAAUUCGAGCGUGUGUGUUUCAGUGCAGCUUACAAAGACUACUUUAAUAGGAUUGAUUGUCGUCUGUCUAAUCCGACUCUGCCCAGCACAGCAGAAACAACAGCGCUAAUGAAAUGGCAGCUGAGGAACAGGUAGUCAGUGAAAGUGUGUUUCUUUCCCAAUGUCUAACACUUGCUCUGUUUUGGCCACAGAGUGGCCCCAUAUGCAUCCCGUACCAAAGGCGAGUCCACGUUUUGGGGUUUUUUUUCACAU